ACCAAACCCCUUCAGCCCCUGCUCUUCACACUCUAUACCAGUUUUUGGCGGGGAUCCUAUCAACCAACCAACCAUGCGUUGGGAAGAACUCAAGGUCAAACCUCCCAGCCGCCGACACCCCGUCCCUCUUCUCCUAUCUUCGUUUCUCACACCCGGUACCAUGUGGAUGGCACCUCUCAGAAAAUCCUCACCCUCCAUACGCCGAGUCUUGAUUGCUCCUUCAUUGUUCAACAAAUCGGACGGCUCAUCACGGCCACUGAGAUAUUACGGUGGGUCCAGCUACGACGAGGAUAAGGGCCCAGACUCCUUACUCAAAAUGUUGGUGAGAUGGUUGUCAUCAGGGGUCCUCAUCGUUGGGCCUAGCCUCGGCUUUUGCUAUUGUUCGUCUUCAGAUGCGACCCCGCUUUUCUCAUUCGCUGAUUGGUCCAAUGUGGCUGCAUCCGCCACACAGGAUAAUGGUCUCCGACACUCUGAUUCACCGGACUCCAUUCCUGUCAAGAAACCCAAGUACCUCUUUGGAGAUGCAUAUAGGAAGGAGGUUUAUUUUAAGUACGAAAAGCGCAUGAGGAUGAGAAGUCCCCCUGAAAAGGUUUUCGAGUACUUUGCAUCCUUCCGAGCCCCUAAUGGGGAGGUAUUCAUGACGCCCGCUGACUUAAUGCGGGCAGUAGUUCCUGUAUUUCCCCCGUCUGAAUCAGAUUAUGUUAGAUAUGGGAGUCUGAGAGGGGAGAGGGUUCCUAGCGACUUACGUUACACCGCUUCACAAUUUUUCAUGCUUUUUGAUACUGAUAAUGAUGGACUUAUAUCUUUUCCCGAGUACAUAUUUUUGGUCACACUACUCAGCAUUCCAGAGUCGAGCUUCUCUGUGGCGUUUAAAAUGUUUGAUCUUGACAAUAAUGGAGAGAUAGACAGGGAGGAAUUUAGGAGAGUGAUGGCUUUGAUGCGGAGCCACAAUAGGCAAGGGGCUCAACACAGGGAUGGGCUACGAAUUGGGCUCAAAGUUGGGGGUUCAGUAGAGAAUGGGGGUUUGCUGGAGUACUUUUUUGGCAAGGAUGGCAAGUCAUGCCUUAAGCACGGAGCAUUUGUUCAAUUCUUAAGAGAUUUGCAUGAUGAGAUCUUACGAUUAGAGUUCGCACAUUAUGAUUGCAAGUCACGGGGAACCAUCUCAGCCAAUGAUUUUGCCCUGUCCAUGGUUGCAUCUGCUGACAUGAGGCAUAUAAACAAGUUUCUUCGCCGGGUUGAUGACUUAAAUGAUGAACCACAACUCAGAGACAUACGCAUUACACUUGAAGAAUUCAAGAAUUUUGCAGAGCUACGUAAACGAUUGCAGCCCUUGUCUUGGGCAAUUUUUAGUUAUGGGAAAGUGAAUGGGCAGUUGACAAAGGGAGAUUUCCAAAGAGCUGCAUGCCAAGUGUGUGGUAUCUCCCUCACCGAUAAUGUGGUUGACAUAAUAUUCCAUAUUUUUGAUGCAAACCGCGAUGGGAGCUUAAGUUUGGAUGAGUUUGUAAGAGUUCUACAAAGAAGGGAAAGGGACACCUCACAACCUAGGGAGCCAGGGUUCAUGGGAUUGCUAUCUUGCUGGUUAAGCUGUACAACAAACUGCUCCUCUGGCAACAUUUUUCUUAAUUGAUUAGAUUGAUGUCCAACUAACUGCUGGUUAACAUCCAUGGCUCUAAAGAUGUUGCAGACUGGCACCAGGAGGCUCCACAUGAUUUCAACUGCUUUACAGUGAAGGUGGUGAUCUUAAACUUCUUAUCAUCUCAAAUGAUUUAGUUUGCAGAUUGGUUGACAGUUGAUGAUCAUUUUUGUUAACCGUAUGAACUCUGGUCCAUGGGACUGCAACUUCACCUAACUAUUGCCCUUAUUGGAUUACAUGGAACUGUACCUUUUGUUCAAGCUAAUGUGUAUAAAGUUUUUUUUUUUCCUUUUCUGUACUUCAUUAAAUUAAUCAUUUGUAACUUUUAUAGAGCUGUCAACAGUUUUUUCAUUAA